UCAUUUAAACUCUUUUGCUUUAAAACCAUGCAUUUUGCUUUCAAUGAUAUGUCUUUCUAGGUAUAUAGAGUAACCUUUAGAUGAACCUCUUUUAAUGUAGCAUUCCUAGCAUAACUGUCGAUUCUCGGGUUUUUAAUACCUUUCUUUGUAACUGUUUCAUAGCAUGAUUUCUUCUCCAAAUGAUUUGUUGUCCACUGACAUCUUGUGGACUCCAAAAACCCAAUUGGUUGGUUAUAGGAUUCCUUUAAGCUACUGUUGCGAACUGUAGCCUUAGUUUUGUAGCAUAAGCGUUGUGACUGUAUAGUGUAACCUCAACUAGUUUAUGCAUUGUCUUUUGGGUGAUGAUAUUUGAUCGAAAUUUAUGUAUUAAUAUUUCAGAGAUUGCCUGCCUUAAAUUUUCUUAUCUUCUUAUCUAUUUGGUAGAUAAGCUUGGUGCCAGAGGACAUAUGUUCUAGCAAAUUCAACUCCCCUAAGGCCCCAACAGUCAAUCUCCUGCUUUUCUGCCUGGAUAUUCCGCUGUUACCUAAUUCACUACCCCCUACACGAACCACGAGUCCACGACCCCAAACGUGCAAAUUGGUACAUUGUACAGUAGUACACUUUUAGGCUAAUGAUUUAACAAAAAAAACUAGAGUGAAUUUUGUUCCCGUACCUGUACCGCGUACCAGAACUUAGGUAACACUGGGAUAAUCCAUUCAAUCUUUAAUGCUUGGACUUUGUCUUCAGGUGUUCUCAUAACGGAAGAGAAUGGUUAUUCAAUCUUUCUUUUAUCUUUUCUUUUAAAACAAUGCGGGGAAAUGAAAGAGAAAUCUUUACUUUACAAACUUGUCCAACCUGCAAUACCCGUCAUUGAUUCAUCCGAUUCAAACCUGAACUAUACCAAUAAUUUUGACCCAAACCAAAAGUGAUCAGAUUCCAACCGACACAACUCAAAAAGUGUGAGCAACACUGACUGAUUUUUCACUCAAAAGUCAAAGCUAAUUGAGAGUAGACCUGAAUUUGACUUAGUUGAACCAAAAUCAAGUUGAAUGACUUAUCACCCGAAUGAUAGCCCAAACAGAAUUUGACCUGAAUCUACAUUGGUCCGAACAAUCUGAUGUAACCCGAUGACCAUCUAUUAUGUGCAAUAUGCCUUGGUUUUCCUAGGAAUGCCAAUCAGGGACCUGUUAGAACCUCCUGAAAAUAAUGCAGAUCUAUAACUUUACCAAUCAAAACUUAUUGAAAAACUGUUUUCCAUGCAUAAUGCCCAUGUGAGUAGUAGAGAAUUGUAAUUAAACAUGAUAAUGAUGUCCUGAUAAAUGAUAAUUAGUUCACUCUAUCCAAUUUUCAACCUUAUGUAACUUGAUUGGUUGAGGUGCUGGUAGAUAUCAGUCUUUUCGCUCUUUUCUAUCAAGUGUUUCUUUCAACUAUAGAGGUCAUAAGUCCAUACAGUAAUAGGCUCGUCAUUCCCAAGCGUUUUCUACUUAUCUAUUAUCAUUGUCGUCUUGUGAUCUCGGUUACGAUAAUUAUGUAUAAAGUAGAUUUUAUAGAACAGAAAUCCAUAGUCCAUACCCUCACUAGCUUACAUCUCAAUUUUGGGUAGUUGUCUAUUUUUUCUUUUCUCAACACAUUUUUCAGCUUCUAGCAUUUUUCGUUUUCUGUUAAAUAUUCAUGUAGGCCCAUGAUAGGAGAAGCCUUAUGUAUUGGGUACGGCCUUUUUAUUCAUGUAGGCCCUCAAUGGCUAGAUUUAUUGCAGAGUCAAUGGAAAUGGUAUGUAUUUCCAUCAACAACAAAUGGUGUAUCUGAAAUUUGUGUCAUUCUUCUAGUACUGCAUCAUGUUUGCCAUUAAGUUUCUGGGUAUGGCUUUAAGAUUUUGGUUUAGUCGGUGGCUUAGUGUCAGACUUCAGAUUUUUCUAGUACACUGAGAUCUGUUUUUUUUUUCCUUUUUCCUUACGUAAUAAAUAUAUUAUUAUUACGUUUAUUUCGACCUCCCUAAACUCCGGUAUGACAGAACCAGGGAUUUAAUCCCGGAAGCAGUCAUGAUCACGAUAAUGGUCGUGGAACCACUUUCCCGGUCAUGUAGUAAGCUUAAAAGUCUUUGCAUACCGUGAUGCAGCCGAGAUUCGAUACCCUAGAUGAAACUUAUUGCAUAGGAUACCUGCAUAUUUUUCAUAUUGUAUCUGAGAUUUGGAAUGUGUUUUGUCACAUGAGGCUUGUUUGGUAAGGUUGAAAAAUACAGAAAAAGAAAAAGAUGAGGAAUCAAUUCUGUUGAUCAGAUCCAAGGGCACACUAUAUUCACUAAUUCUCUAACAAAUGAUAGGACACCAAGAUAGAAACAAAGGGAUUGAUAAAAACUGUUCCAUUUUCUCUCUCCUACUUGGAGGGUACCAUGUGCAAUGUGGGCCCCACUUAGCCAAUUCAAUAUGGGUCCUUUUUAUUGGAUCAGCAUAAUGAAAAAAUAAUAAUCCCUUAAUAAUUACUUUUCCUACCAAAAUAAUUGCUCUUCUACAUUAGAUUCUCUUUAAACCAGACAAAAUUUAAAGUUCCUGCUUGUUUUAUAAUACUGUAGCAUUAUUAUUGUUAUUAUUAUAUCAUCAUAUUAUUUCAAUUAUUGAGUUGCUCUAUCCUGCCGCAUUGGUUGAUCUUUGUUUUACAUUCUUUUGGUACAUUGAACGAGAACCUCCAUCUUGUUCCCGGGUUAGAUGUUUUAUCUAAGGGUGUGGUUUUUUUGCUUAUUUAACCAGUUUUGCUCCUUAAAACGGAUAAAGUGAAUUAAAGUCACCCUUGGCUUGGAUAUACCUAACUCUAGGCCUCUAGAUUUACCCGAGAACAAGUAUAAUUCCCUUAUUUUUUUAUAUAUUUUUUUCUUUUGUGUGGAAUUUCAGAUUGAGCUUUUAUUUUUGUGAAUAGGUGAGAAAAUGGCCUAGUACCGAAGCUGAAUAUGAUAGAACUACCAUAGAAGUACUUUGCUUUAGGGUGACUCAAAAUUUGAAAUGACAAAUUGUGAAUUUUAGUUUAACGGCGAAAGGCGAACUAAAAAAUGGGUAAGGAAAAUAUCUUAUUAGAUCGAAACCUUGCAUUGGUCAACCCGGCUCAGCCAAACAAGCUAGACUACUGGGGUCCAAGGAAUUCAAUUAACCAAUAAUAACAUAAGGUGUAGUAUAAAUUCGGUUGACAUAGGGAUUCAACAAAGUUAGGUGUGUUCAGUUCUGUCCUUGAACAAUAACAUGUUUUUUCUUUAAAGAAAGAAACAUUAUUUAAUAAUAAAUAAAUAAAAUCUAGAUCUGACCAUUAUAUACAGUUGUUUCUUGGAAGCUUUAGACUUACCUUUAACUUUCUCCCUCGUGAAAUAAUCGGAUUCAUAUUGUUGGGACCCACUAAAUUUCAUUCUUUUUUUCUUACUCUCACUGUCUCACAGAGUCCACACUCCACAGUUCACUGUCAUUUUCAGGCAUCAGAGAAUCUUAAAACUUACCUUUUUCUGUUCUUGGUAUAAAGUUUCAGCAACAAAAUGCUUGUAUGAAGUUGUUACUAUACCACUUUUUGCGUUGUUCUAGUAUAGAAUCCCGUCUAUAUCAUUUGUCCUACACCGAAAAAAUAAUAAUAAUAAUAAUAAUAAUAAUAAUAAUAAUAAUAAUAAUACCACUUUGCUGUUUCAUAAAUUGCUCCCCUUUGUGGUUGUAUAUCAUAUCUAUAUCCCUUUCUUUCCUUCUUUCUUCUUCCUGUUGUUUUGUGUCUGAAUUCUAGCAACUCUUUCUUGGUAAUAAAACAAAAUGGCUGCCUCAUACUUCCCUCUUAGUUGGGAGAGUUCAGGAGACCAAUGGUGGUAUGCAACCCCUAUAGAUUGGGCAGCAGCCAACGGCCUUUGCGACUUAGUCAAAGAACUCCUCCGCAUUGACCCUGACCUCCUCAUUAAACUCACCUCCCUCCGACGUACCCACCGCCUCGAGACUGUCUGGGAGGACACCAGCCCUCGCAAUGACGUAGCCCAUUGUAGGGCCCGUGUAGCCCGGGCCCUACUAAUGGACUGUGAGCCUAGACAUGGGAAUGGACUGCAGCCAAACUCUCUGAUGAGGGCAGGCUAUGGUGGGUGGCUACUCUACACUGCUGCCUCAGCCGGGGAUAUGGUGUUUGUAAAGGACUUGCUUGAGAGAGAUCCACUCCUCGUGUUCGGAGAAGGCGAGUAUGGUGUUACUGAUAUUCUUUACGCCGCUGCUCGGAGCAAGAAUUCCGAGGUUUUUAGGGUAUUGCUUGAUUCUGCUAUGAAUGUGAAUAAAGGGAGUGGGGAAGGUUUUGUAGCGGAGAUGAUGAACAGAGCAGUUCACGUUGCUGCUCGGGGAGGGAAUUUAGAGGUUCUCGAUGAGCUUUUGUUGGAUUGUUCUGAUGUUUUGGGUUAUAGAGAUGGUCAAGGUUCCACCAUUUUGCAUUCUGCUUCUGUUAGAGGCCAGCUUCAGGUGGUCAAGAGUUUAAUAACAACAUAUAAGAACAUCAUCGACUCUACUGAUGAUCAAGGGAAUACAGCAUUACAUAUUGCUGCAUACAGAGGAUACUCUGCUGUAGUGGAGGUUUUAGCCCGUGAAGCGCCCUCAGUAACCGCAUCAACAAACAACGACGGAAACACAUUUCUACACAUGGCAGUGGCCGGUUUCCGGUCCCCUGGUUUCCACCAAAUCGACCAGCAAUUCCAGCUCAUCAAACAGCUAACAACUGGCAAAAUCAUCAGUUUAAAUGACAUCAUUAACAACAGAAACGAAGAAGGUAAAACUGCAAUGCACAUAGCAGUUGCUGAGAAUAUUCAGUGCAAUGUUGUGGAGCUUCUAAUGAGGGUACCUUACAUUGACUUGAAUAUUCGCGAUAAUGAUGGAUUAACCCCUCUCGAUCUCCUCAAACGAUGCCCUAAAACAACAACAUCUAACAUACUAAUCAAACAGUUAACUUCUGCUGGUGGGAUUUCUGAUUAUACUGCAAGAAGUGCUAUAGCGAGACAGCUGAGAAUUCAGGGCAUUGGGACUAGUCCCGGGACUUCUUUCAGAUUACCAGAUGCUGAUUUACUCCCAUUAGUAGGAGAUGAAGAUGAAGAUGGGGAUGAAUCCCAGAUAAGUUGCAGAUUCAGUUCCUGCUCUAGCGAAGUAACGACUGCAACCCAUUUUGACUCAGACAGCAACAAGAAAACUUCGAGGUGGUUAAGGUUCCUUCAACGACCUGAUAAAACUGACAUGUACUCGAUUACCCAACCUGAAUCACCCAAUAAUGGAAUGUUUAAGGUCUGCAGAAAGAUGGAGGGGGAUAACAAUGGUGGAAUAUUUAAGGUUUGCAGAAAUGUAGAUGAUAACAGCAGUACUCUAACCCCACUCAGGCAGAAAUUUUCAAGGACAAUUCCAACCCAUUCUGACAGGGAGAAGUUCACUGCAAGCCUGAUGCAUGGUGUGGUGCAAGCAACACCACCUAAAUCGUGUUUGUCGUUGGCUCGGUAUUCUCCUUCGACCCCGUUUUCUCAGUCAUUGGCAUCUUCCCCAACUGCAGUAGAUAAAAGUGUCGAAAAAUCUUCGUUUUUUAGCGGGCAAUUAAGUGGUGGAAGAUCAUUAAUGGGUGAUAAUAAGCAUAGAAGAGUAAGCUCUUUUAAUAAGAGUUUGAUGAAUCAGUACUUCUGUUUUGGAGCUCAAGGGUUGGCUGUGGAAGAUUCAGUUACUUGCAGAAGAACAAAUAGCAGUUGCAGAAAGCUUGUCUUCUGAGAAUUGAAUUAAUCAUAGGUUGUAAUUUUACUUAUAAUACACUUUCCAACUCUUAUUGUUGAUAAUGUGGUUAAUUAAUCAUUAAUACAUUAAUCAUUAAUACAUUAUUAUGUUUUCAUCCUUA